AUGAAUAUAGGUAAAAAAGAGGAUGAUGAUAGUAAGAGAAAUAACGAUAAAGAUGAAAGUAAUGAGAAUAAAAGUUCUGGGAGUCAGACGUUAAUCACUGGCAAUAAUAACAGAAAACAACUAGAGGAUAGUAAGAAAAAAGAAGUGACAGGGUGUAUUAGAACAAGAGCUG